GACGAGCGCACGCGUUGUCGGUUAAACGAAACGAAACGAAUCGAGACGCUGUCGCGUAAUGAAGAAGAGUCGCAGAGUGCUUGAAAGUUAUACGAAAAGAUAUUUAUCAUAGCUAAAAAACAACGCGUAUCGCACCCCCCACUUGGAUUACGGUCAGCGCGAAUGAGCUAAGAAACAAGAAAAUUGAAUUUGAAAAAGAAAAGAUAUAUAUGUAUACACAUAUAUAUCAUAAAAAUAUCAAAGAAAUCAAGAGCUGUUUUUAUGUGUUGUUGUGUGCUGUGUUUUAUUAUUAUUACAUCUAACACACUGCUGUGGAUUGUGCAAGCAUCUAUAAAAGAUCUACAAAAUAUCCACAAAAUGGGCUGCACAUAACGGAGCAACUGCAGCCCCCAAAACAAAACCCAAAAUCCCCACGAAAAACAGAAAACAAACGAAAAAUAGGAGAGAAAGAGCUAGCCCAGUCAACUAGUGGGUUUUCCAGCUAGUUUAGCUAGAAAUAAGCCAAAUAAUGCUGGCUAGCCACAUGCUCUACGUGCUCAUCGCCAGCUGUGUCAUGCCCAUUUUUGGGGCGGCGCUGAGCAAAACAGUUUUGUACCAGGCGCCCGACGAAUGCCGCUGGUCCGGCGGCGGGGAGCACGACAUAACCCUGGUCUGCCAUCUGCGGACCAUCAACUCGGAGCUGGAGAACACAAAUUUCAGUGUGAUCCAGCCACACAAUACGGUCCGGCUGCGUCUGGAGUGCAACGAUGCGCUCUUCUUCCAGAGCAGCCUCAGUCCGGACAGCUUCCGUUCGCUGGUGGAGCUGCGCGACCUGACCAUCGAGUACUGCAAGCUGGGCAAUCUGACGGAGGGCUCCUUUCGCGGCCUGCACGAGCUGAGGAAUCUGACGAUACGCACGCACAAUGGCGACUGGUCGACCAUGUCGCUGGAGAUGGCCUCGAAUAGCUUUGUGGAAUUCCGGCAGCUGGAGCGCUUGGACUUGAGCCUGAACAACAUCUGGCUGAUACCGGACGGCAUGGUCUGCCCGCUCAAGUCGCUGCAGCAUCUGAAUGCCUCGUACAACAAGAUCCAGGACAUAAGCAACUUUUACUUUAGCGCCUCGCUCAGCUCCAGGAAGUCGCGUGUGUGCGGCUCGACGCUGCAAUCCUUGGACUUGAGUGCCAACAAAAUGGUCAGCCUGCCGUCGGCCAUGUUAUCGGCGCUGGUGCGUCUGACCCACUUGAAUAUGGCACGGAACAGCAUGAGCUUUCUGGCUGAUAGGGCAUUCGAGGGUCUGAUAUCGCUGCGCGUGGUGGAUCUGUCCGCCAACCGCUUGACCUCGCUGCCCCCGGAGCUGUUCGCCGAGACGAAGCAGCUGCAGGAGAUCUAUCUGAAGAACAAUUCGAUUAAUGUGCUGGCGCCGGGCAUCUUUGGUGAGCUCGCCGAGCUGCUGGUGCUCGAUUUGGCCAACAACGAGCUCAACUCGCAGUGGAUCAAUGCGGCCACCUUUGUGGGCCUCAAACAGCUCGUCCUGCUAGAUCUGUCCGCCAAUAAGAUAAGCCGCCUCGAGGCGCACAUCUUCCGGCCGCUGGCCAGCCUGCAAAUACUGAAGCUGGAGGGCAACUAUAUAGAUCAGUUGCCCGCGGGCAUCUUUGCCGAUUUGGGCAGCCUGCACACGCUGAUUCUGUCCAACAAUCGCAUCUCGGUGAUUGAGCAGCGCACGCUGCAGGGCCUGAAUAAUCUGCAGGUGCUCUCGCUGGACUAUAAUCGGCUGUCCCGGCUGGAUGCGCGUGCCCUGAUUAACUGCAGCCAGCUGCAGGAUUUGCAUUUGAAUGAUAAUAAGCUGCAGGCGGUGCCGGAGGCACUGGCCCAUGUGCCCCUCCUAAAGACACUCGACGUGGGCGAGAAUCUGAUUGCACAAAUCGAGAAUACGAGCAUUACCCAACUGGAGAAUCUGUAUGGGCUGCGCAUGACGGAGAACUCACUGACGCACAUACGCAGAGGCGUCUUUGACCGCAUGAGCUCGCUGCAGAUAUUGAAUCUGUCGGGCAACAAGCUCAAGUCCAUUGAGGCGGGUGCACUGCAGCGGAAUACCCAGCUGCAAGCGAUACGCCUGGAUGGCAAUCAGCUGAAGAGCAUAGCGGGGCUAUUCACGGACCUGCCCAAUCUGGUUUGGCUGAAUAUCUCUGGGAAUCGGCUGGAAAAGUUCGAUUAUUCGCACAUACCCUUCGGGCUGCAGUGGCUGGAUGUGCGUGCCAAUCGGAUAGCACAGCUGGGCAACUACCUGCAGAUGGAGAACGACCUGAGUCUGAGCACCUUCGAUGCCAGCUACAAUUUGCUCACUGAGAUCACGGCCAGCUCCAUACCGGACAGCGUGGAGGUGCUCUAUCUGAACGACAAUCUGAUCAGCAAGAUACAGCCAUAUACGUUCUUCAAGAAGCCGAAUCUCACGCGCGUCGAUCUCGUGCGCAACAAGCUGACCACGCUGGAGCCGAACGCGCUCAGGCUGUCGCCGAUUGCGGAGGAUCGCGAGAUACCCGAGUUCUACAUUGGGCACAAUGCCUACCAGUGCGAUUGCAAUCUCGAUUGGCUGCAGAAGAUCAAUCGGGAGUCACGCACGCAGCCGCAGCUCAUGGAUCUCGAUCAGAUCUAUUGCAAAUUGUCUUAUGCACGCGGCGCCACGCAUCUAUCCCUGAUCGAGGCCAAGUCCAACGACUUUUUAUGCAAAUACGAGUCGCACUGCUUUGCCCUAUGCCACUGCUGUGACUUUCAGGCCUGCGAUUGCAAAAUGGACUGUCCCGAUCGCUGCUCCUGCUAUCACGAUCAGUCCUGGACCUCCAAUGUUGUCGACUGCAGUCGCGCCAGCUACGAGCGCGCCCUGCCCUCGCACAUACCCAUGGACGCCACCCAGCUGUAUUUGGAUGGCAAUCACUUUGCGGAGCUGCAGUCUCAUGCGUUCAUUGGACGCAAACGGCUCAAGGUGCUGCAUCUGAAUCAUUCGCGCAUCGAGACCCUGCACAAUCGCACCUUCUACGGCCUGCUCGAGCUGGAGGUGCUCCAGCUGCAGAACAAUCAGCUGCGCGCCCUCAAUGGCAACGAGUUUCAGGGUCUGGACAAUCUGCAGGAGCUGUAUCUGCAGCAUAAUGCUAUUGCGACCAUAGAUACGCUCACCUUUACACAUCUCUAUCACCUGAAGAUACUGCGACUGGACCACAAUGCCAUUGGCUCCUUUGCCGUGUGGAACUUUCUGCCCAGUUAUCUGAAUGAGCUGCGCCUGGCGGGCAACCCCUGGAGCUGCCGUUGCGAGUUCAUUGACAAGCUGCGCGACUACAUGGGCCGGCACGAGUACGUCCGGGAUCGGCAGCAGCUGCGCUGCGAGUUGCCUGGCAAUAGCAGCCAGCAGCAGGCCGUGCAAAUGGCCAUUUAUGCGGCAGCUGGGGAAUCCCUGCCCGUGGUGCAGUGCAGCCAAACGCUGCAGCUGGGUCUGGACAACAGCUUCAACAAUGCGGAACGUGCGGGCGCUGCCGGCGAAUCGGCCGGUGGGAAUAUGACCUCCACCAAGAUGAUACUCACACAGCCGCCCAAGCAGGACUACAUACCCAUUCUGGUGGCCAUACUGACGGCCUUCAUCUUCAUCAUGAUCUGCACAUUGUUGGUGUUCAUCUUUCGCCAGGAGAUGCGCGUGUGGUGUCACUCGCGCUUCGGCGUUCGUCUCUUCUACAACGGGCAGAAGGAUGUGGACAAGAAUGAGCGCGAGAAACUGUUCGAUGCGUUCAUCUCGUAUUCCUCCAAGGAUGAGCUGUUCGUCAACGAGGAGCUGGCGCCCAUGCUGGAGCUGGGCGAGCACCGCUACAAGCUGUGCCUGCAUCAGCGCGACUUCCCUGUGGGCGGCUACCUGCCGGAGACCAUUGUCCAGGCCAUCGACAGCAGCCGACGCACCAUUAUGGUCGUCUCCGAGAACUUCAUCAAGUCGGAAUGGUGCCGCUUCGAGUUCAAGUCGGCGCAUCAGUCGGUGCUGCGGGAUCGCAGGCGUCGCCUCAUUGUCAUCGUGCUGGGCGAGGUGCCGCAGAAGGAACUGGAUCCGGAUCUGCGGCUCUAUCUGAAGACCAACACGUAUCUGCAGUGGGGAGACAAGCUCUUCUGGCAGAAGCUGCGCUUCGCCCUGCCCGAUGUCAGUUCCUCGCAUGCCCAGCGCUCGGGUCAGCCCUGUCAUGCGCCCAUCAACCAUCCCGCCUACCAUCAUCAUCAUCAUGUGCAUCAGCAGCAACAGCAGCAGCAGCCGCAGCAGCUGCCGUUGCAUGCAGCGCAUCCCGUGCCCCAUCCGCAUCCGCAUCAUCAGCAGCAGUUCAUGCUGCCGCCGCCGCCCCUGCCCCUGCAGCCGGGCAGCUUCCGGCGACAGCCCUCCACGCAGCAGCAGCAUCGCGCCGCAGCGAAUAACAACAACAACCAGCAGCAGCAGCAGCAGCAGGCGGCGCUGCUUAUGGGUGGCGGCAGCUGCAGCGGAGGGGGUGGUGCCACAAGCGCCCAGCCACAAAUGAUACCACUCGCGGGUGGCAUACAACAGCAGAGUCUGCCGCUGCCGCCGCAGGUGACGUCGCAGCCAACGCCAGCGUCACGUAAUUUGCACAUGUAAGUGAGAGAGAGGGCACACAAGCGAAAGAGAGAGAGAGACAAACUAAUUUCAUUAUUCAAUUAAACUUUAAGCUAAAGCUUAAUGAAAAUUAAUCUUAAAUCAAAAUAAAAGGUGAGGCAAAGAAAGAGAGAGAGAGAGAGAGAGAGACAACAUAAAAAGACAGCAUUAAAAAGAGUUCGGUUCACAUUUGGUUCGGUUCAGCGCUGGUUCGGUUCGCAGCUAGUUCAAACCAAGUUCGAGUUACAAAAGCAAAAGUUAAAAGAAAGUCAAAGCGAGAGAGAAGAAAAGGAAUCGAAUCAUUUUUAAAUCAGUUUAGUUAGAGUGAAUAGCAGAGAGAGAGGGAGACAGAGAGAGAGAGAGAGGGCGAGACAAAGUGAGUAAGGCGAGAGAAUCAAGGAAUCAAACCGAAUUAAAUCUAGUUUCUAUAUUGCGAACAGUUACAAUUUGGAUUUUGGUUUUAAACCCGUUUAAAAAACCUGGCUCAGAGCAAACCACAAUUGGCAUGAGGCUUAAGAGAUUUGCCGCUGCCCGAAAUGAAAUGAGAGUCACAGUAAGAGCCAAUAUGCAAAUGAAAAGCGUUUAGCGAUAAAAGCCUAGUUACAUGCUAAAAUAGCAACAACAACAAUUGCAGCUGGGGGCAGGCAACAGCAAGAACAACAACAACAACAACAGUAAACAGUAAAAUACCAAAUAGUUGGCCAAGAGAGAGAGGAAGAGAGGAAGGGGGCUCGAGCGGCAACUAAAUGCCCGGCAACGGGGGAGAACGAGCCAAUUGUUGUUGGCCCUGUUCUGUUUUCUUACGGCAAGCUAUUUUCAGUUUCCUGGCUCGUAGCAAGAUUCAGAAAAUUGAUGUUGCAUGCAACACACCAACAGCAAGAGCAACUGCAACCAGUCGGGGGCAUGCAGCCGGGCAGGCAGGCAGGCAGGCGGGCAGGCGCAGACGUUGUAGACGCAGCCAAGGCCCAAAACAAUUUUUGUUUUCCUUUUGUUAUUUUCUCUCUGUACCAACAUUUUCUUUUUCUUUUUUUUUUGU